AUGCCGAAGCCAAGAACGAAAAGACAAGCCAUUCGCGACGAGCGAAAGAAGAAGAGGAGAGAGGCUCACGAGGAAAACUUCGAAGAACCGCAAUCGAAGCGCAGACGCGUUGAGGGGGAAGAGCAAGAAACCGAGGAGCCCAUCUACGAUGAUGCGGGCGAGCAACAGCAACACUUCCCCAGCAAUGGCCCCGAGAAGGAAUUCUUCGGCAUGCUCGCCGACGAAGAGCAGGAGUACUUCCGUCGCGCUGACGAACUGCUCGAGCUGAACCAGUUCCCCUCCUCUGAGGAGCGCGAUGUCUUCCUGCAAAACAUUUACAAGGAGGCCCGGGGUAAGGAACUCAAGCUCGCCAGCAGUCAAUCGCUGUCACGGUUGAUGGAGCGUUUGAUUCUCCUGUCCAACACGAAGCAAAAGAAACAGAUCUUCAAUGCCUUUGCCGGCCACUUUCUGUCUCUUGUUCAGCACCGAUUCGCAAGCCAUUGCUGCGAGACGCUGUUUUUGCAGUCCGCCCCCUUGGUUACGCAGGAAUUGGGAGGCCUUCUUCCGGAUGAGACAGCCGAGGACGACGAAGAACAAAACGAGGGCGAGGAGGGUGCUCCGGCGGAAAACACCAUGGAGAAUCUCUUCUUGUUGACUCUGGACGAGUUCGAGCAGCACAUGGGAUUCCUUCUCACCGACCGAUUCGGCUCUCACACCUUGCGAGUGCUCCUCGUUGUCCUUUCUGGUCGCCCGCUGGAGGAUUCGGCUACCAAGUCGAUGUUGAAGAGCAAGAAGAAGGAACACAUUUCAGUUCACGGAGCCGCGGCAUCGUCCAACGAGCUCAGCCACCAGUUGAGAGCCGUCCCCGAGUCUUUCACGCUCGCUACCAAGAAGAUCAUCCAGGAUGCCGUCGCCGGCAUGGACUUCACGGCUUUGCGCGUUCUCGCCAAGCACCCGACUGGCAACCCCCUCCUACAGCUCCUGCUGGAACUCGACAUUUCCCUCAACCACAAGAGCGACAAGUCGUCCGCCGCGUCCAGCAAGGACACUCUCCUGUAUAGACUCUUGCCGGAUGCCCCCGCAUCUCUCAGCGACAGCACUUCGCAGGCGGCAGACUUCGUCAACAGCAUGGUUUACGACCAAAUUGGUUCCCGCCUCCUCGAAACCCUUAUCACGCACUGCCCUGGAAAGAUCUUCAAGGCACUCUCGCAGAACUUCUUUGGUGAGCGCAUCGCAACCUACGUCCGAAACGACAUCGCUUCGUACCCCGCCCUCCGCGUCCUCAACCGUUUCAGCAAGGACGACCUCGUCGAAGCCGUCAAGAAGAUCCUUCCCGCCGUCCCUAUCCUGGUGACCAAGGCCCGAUACAACGUCCUAAAGACCCUCUUCGAGCGCUGCGAGGCCCGUGGCGCGUACGAGGAGAAGUCCGCCCUCACCAGGGCCCUGACCAAUGCCCUGGGCCCCAACCCCAAGGACCUCGUCCCGAAGCUCUGCCACUUGGUGGAGGAUGAGCCCGCCGAGAAGGAGGAGUUCCAGCAAGUGACGCAGAAUAAGACUGCCGUCGCCGCGCACGGCGCCCAUCUCGUCACAGCCAUGCUCAAGACCACCGGCAACCCCUCCAAGGCCGCACAAAAGUCGCUCAUGGCCCUCCCCUCCGAUCUUCUCCUCCAGCUCGCGACGCAGUCCAUGGCAACAGUCAACGUCCUAACGACAGCGCUCGCCAACCCCGCCGCCCCGCAGAACGAAAUCUUCCACAAGGCCCUUGUCGGCGCCCUCGUCCCGCACAUUGGCGACCUGGCUCAGUCGCAGAACGGUCACAACAUUGUCAACGCCAUCAUCGACAUCCCCUCUCGCGGCAAGGACCGCUCCGUGCCGUUCCACGUCAAGCAGACCAUCAUGGCCGCUCUGGCAGAACACGAGCGGACGCUGCGUGACUCGUGGUUCGGACGCAGCGUGUGGCGCACGUGGAAGGGUGACAUGUGGAAGACGAGGCGGUCGGACUGGGUCAAGUGGGCGAAGGAGGUGGACGGCCCGGCGGAUGAGACGAGGCUCAAGCCGUGGGAGAGGAGGAAAUUGGAACAGCAGCAGAAGGGGCCCCUGUCGAGACCGCAGGAGAAGAAGGAACCCGUGGAGGAGAACGGGGAAUAA